AUGUACAACGCCAACCCUGCAGCACAGCAGGGCGCCUAUGCGCGUCAAGCUGGUGCACAGGCUCCUACAGCUACUGCAACACAAGCGCAGCAAGCACAGAUGCAAGCGCAGCGGAUCCGCUCGCGCAAUUACUACGAUAUCCUUGUCGGCGAAGGCUUCCGCGGCCUCAAACGCGACCGCCCGACGGACCGCAGCUUGCCGCCUGCAUUGAAGCGACAGGUAAAAGAGAGUGCGCUGUACACAGAUCUGCAACGAAUUGAGCGCAACCUUGAUUGGACAAUGGCGCGCAAGCGCGCCGAGCUGAUGGAUUCGAUGGGAAAACCACCCAAAGUGAAGCGCACACUGCGCAUCUUUUUAAGCAAUACCUGCGCUAACCAGCCAUUUCAAGUCGUGGCAAAAGCAGAGGAGGGUGAUGAUGCGCCGGCUGCGGAUGCCGAGGACGACGAAGCGAGCACCGCGCAACUCGACGAGAAAAAGACCCAGGAUGCAGACGAACAAGUGCCUUCCUGGACAAUGCGUAUCGAAGGGCGCCUGCUGGACCCCAGUUUCCGCUCGCGCGCUGGUGCGGCAUUGUCCGCUCAUGCGACUGCGAACCGCAUCGGUGCACACAAGUUCAGCAACCUGAUCAAGUCCAUUGUUGUGGAAUUUUCGCGGGACACCACCGAGCACGCCGAUGCCGGCCAAGGGGAUAUCGUCGAGUGGCACCGCCCAGCCCCAUCUGUAGCACCCCAGCCACCCAUCCCGGGUUCUGGCGGGAGCACGGCAACAGAGAAUCCGCUCAUUCACAGCGCGGAGCCCGCGUUGGAUGGCUUUGAGAUCAAGCGCAUGGGUAGCGUCCCAGUCAAGGCCAAGAUAGUCAUCUAUCCACUGUACACCCCGGAGCGGUACUCGGUCGCGGAGCCGCUUGCACAGCUGCUGGAUGUGCGCGAAGAGACGCGUGCUGGGGUGCUGAAUGCAUUGUGGGGCUAUAUCAAGAGCAAGCGGCUCCUGGACGAGCACGAUCAUCGCGUGGUGCGUUUGGAUAAGCCGCUGCAAGCGCUGUUUUGCACGCCGACGAUCAACUUCCACCACAUACCCGAGGUCCUGCACCGCUUCUUGCAUCCACCGCAGCCGAUUGUAUUGGAGUACUAUGUACGCACGGACAAGGCCGAGAACAAGCAUCCCACCGCGUUUGAUAUCGAGCUCGAGAUGGACGACUGGGCGGUGCGGACAAAGCAGCACAAUGUGCUUGCGCGCUUCGACGCGAAUAGCACCCUGAACAAUGAGAUUGCGCAGCUGGACGAGCAGAUUGCGCAAGCGGCGCUCACCAUUCGGAACCGCGCAGCCGCUCGCCAGUUCUUCACCGCAUUUGCCAAAAAUCCACAGCAGCACUUGCAUACUUGGAUCGCCAGCCAGGCGCGCGACUUGGAUACCCUGCUUGGCACUUCGCACAUUGGACGCGGUGCUGACGGGACUGCGGGCUGUGUUGGCGACUUUAGCGAGGAGGAAAUGCGUCGCUCUUCGACGUUCCAUGGGCCGUGGGUGGGCGAAGCAGUGAUUGUCGCAGAGUCGCAGCGUCUUGCAGAACGUAUGCAGGAGCUGCAAGCGGGCAAGGCGCGGAGUGCACACGCAUCCUAA